GAAUUAGUACAAGAGUGGACUCAUGAACUCAAAAAACUUCCAGCUAAAGUAUCAACUGAUGAUCUGACUCAGUGCUUGAAAGUUCAAAUUCACAAGGACACCUUUCAAAAUUUGUUAAAAACUAACCAGGCAGAAUGUUUGGUCUCUCCCGCAAACAGUUUUGGAUUAAUGGAUGGUGGUAUAGAUUAUUAUAUUUCAGAGUACUACGGUGGUACAGAUAAACUCAUUCCAAUUGUACAAAAAACAAUCGAUUUUGAAUGGUGUGGUGAACAAAAUGUUGGUACUUGUUUAUUGGUUGACAUUCGAGAGUUAUCCACAAAGAUUAAGAAUAAUUCAAUGCGCGAUGAUGAAAAAAGAAGUUUUCCGGGAUAUAUAGCUCAUUGCCCUACCAUGCGAUUACCUAAAUCUUUGAGUGAAGAUGAUACUGUUUACAGAUGUACUUGGGCUAUGCUCACUGCUGUUAGAAUGCAUAAUGCUAAAAUACUUGAAGAAAGCAGUAAACAUCAGCGUAUAAACGCUGUUGUAUGCGCCGGAUUUGGAACUGGUGUUGGGGGGCUUUCGGAAAAGAUAUGUGCCAAACAGAUGAUGCAGGCGAUUAAUCAUUUUGUUAAUGCACCUACAAAUACGGGACAAAGGUCUACAACCGGACCAUGGUUGAUAGAAUGGUCUUAUGCCAGUAAGAUUAAUGAUGCAAUUGAUAAGAGUUAG